AAUGGAGGAAGAGACGCAAUGACAAGUCGCCAUGAACAUGAAAACAAUAUUGAUACACGCUCAAAAAAGUGACUGCGAGCGAAUGUCUCCAGUACCUUAACCUAUUGUUAACUGAAUUAGUAAUUAGGCUACAUAAAACAGCGAAACGUUUUCGUUGAGUGGACGAGAUUAAAGCGACGUUGCUUUGAGAGCCGUAAACAGUCGUCGUCGUAGAGGACGUCAGCACUGAGAACAGACUGCUCAACUACUGGUGACCGUAUACAGGCUAGUUAGUCAUGUCUGCUGGCACCAGUGACAGUCUGAGGCGCAUAGAGAGGCAAGUGUCUUUUACCGAGGAGCGGUGUGUGGACCCGGUGGAGGAUAGGCAGCCAACCCCACAGCCAAAGCCAGUCCACAAAGGCCGCCUUAAAGAUGCUAAUGGGAACGAGUCUGAGACCAUCGACUUCGUUCCCAGUGUAGCCGAACCUUCAUCUGCAGCAUCGAGCUGCAAUCCCUGCUCUUCUCCAAAGAGCUGUAAAACCUUCGUGUGCACCGUAAUCACCUUCGGACUGUAUAAGGUGUGCCAGCGCUGCAUCCACGCUCCGCGUUUGGCACCGAACGAGAGCUCCCCAGAUGAGCCAGAAAAGAUCAGCCUCCGAGGCGUUAACCCAGACAACAACAAAGAAGAGGCUGACACCGAAUGGUCAGACUUUCGCAUUAACGGAGUCAAAGUAGUCGGUCCGAAAGAUGAUUUAGAUUACGACGUCAAAUCUUCACCAUAUGCGCCACUGCCUGCUCAAACCCCAUCAGAGUUUGCCUCCCUGCAUGACUCUGUGUCAUUCCAUGACUGGGAGGACGGCGAUGAGAACGUGGACUCCCUGAUCACCAAGAAGCUACUGGAGCUGUACUCUGAGUAUCAAAUCGAAGAGCUGGCCAGGUGCACCUCAGACUCUGUGUUUCUGAGGAAGAGCAAAGCCAUCACCCAACUCAUCAACUCCCUGGCAGAGGAGCACAAAAUGGACGAGCAGGAAGCGGAGUGCCGGUUGGUGCGGGGCAUCAUCCGCAUCAGCACUCGGAAGAGCCCGAAGAAGCGGCCGCCCAUUCCCAGGAUGGAGAGGACGAUGUCGGACAGUGGGCACGAGACCAUGAUUGGGAGUGGCUCCUUUCCCUCAAGCAACAACAACGACUACAAGUCAAAUCCCAACAUCCAAAUAUCCGACUUGACUUCCACUGACAAGUUUGCCAGAAACAUGUGGAGGAAGAAUGGAGAUCCCACUUCAAGUUCUCCAUCAACCUACUCGCCCUCUCACUCAGAGAUGGAGUCUUCAGGUGUGCCACUGCUACACGCUUCGGUGAGGACAUGAAGCAGCGGGACGGAUCAACCCGGUUGCCUCUCUCAGGUCACGCACUGGGUGUUGGAAGGACGACUUUACUUGCACUGGAGUCUGGCUGAGCCGAGCUCCUUUGACAGGAAGGAGAAAAUGUGAAGGCUGGAAUUAUGUGAAGGCUACAGUGAACUCAGGGUUCUGCAUGCAGAUAUUUAUGAAUGUAAAUAUUGUAUCUGUGCAUUUGAAGGAUCACCUAAUUGGGACUUCGUCUGUAAAACAGUUGUUAAUUUUUUUUAUGACAAUUAACCAUCUGCUUGUUUGUGAAGAGCUUGAGGCUCUACAGUUUGAUUUUGUCCUUUACCCGUCCCUUGUUACGCAGUUCACAGUUUUUUCUUUGCUUUUUGUUUGUUUGUUUUGUUAGUACACAUUUCACCAUAUCUUUACCUUCAUAGAGUCGAUUUUAAUUCAUUUUAAUUAUUGCUUUCUUUGUUUAUGAAUGACAUUCUUAGUUUUCUUGAUUUAAUUUGUGUUAGAGGCAUUUUAAUGGUCAUAAUGUCAAUAGUCUAAGAGAUGAAGAAUUUGUUGAAGAUCUUUUCAAAUAUUUAAAAGUGAUAUCAGUAUAAGUAAGAAUCAAAAUUACAUCACUUUUGGAUUAAUUAAAAAAUUUUAAUCAUGGCCAACCAUUAAUUUAUUCUCAUUUUUUAUGGUAUCCUGUACAAAAACAUUUAAAUCCUCUUGUCAAUUACUAACAGUGCAAUAGAAAUACUAUAUUAGACACACACCUCUUUAGUGUGUUAAUCACAAGUCAGCACCUCAUUCUGUGGUUAAAGUUGUUUUCAACAGUUGACAGA